AUGUCUACAGCCAUUCACCUAAUGCCAGCUCACCUUUUGUCUUUCACCUCGACCGCCUAUUCACCUGUGGACAUCGAUCAUCACAUCGAUCGCGCGAUGAAGACCGACCACGGCGCAGGUCCCGCUCCCCACAUCGUGAAGAAAGACGUCGACGAGAUGAAGAUCCCGAACGGACUGCUGAGCGCAGCAGCCGCCACGCCGAACGUAGCAGUCGAUAUGACGAGCGCGACCCCCCCCGGGUACGCAAAUGUAUCUGCGAUGGAAGCCAAGAUAUCAGGCUCUUUUAUGCUUCCUGGUCAAACACGGCCUACAUCUCAAACCCCCGGUGGUCCUGUUAAUGGAGGUAAUGGAGUGGCCCCAGGUUCGAUGAACAACUCCAAUUUCCCCGGGCAUCCAAACAUGAAUCCAAAUCACCACUGGGUCAAUCCCAACCAACAGAACGCUCACGGUCAUCCACAAAUGACGGCACAGCACCCUAACCAGUUCCAAAUGAAUCCCCAAGUUCGUGAUGGCAGUUUUGGGAUGCCCGGCUCGCUCCCCCCUAUUCAUUUCAAGCCUGCUCAAGGACAAUCAGGCCCCGUCGCUCAAACCCAAUCCUUUGCCCGACAGGCUCGCCGAUUAUACGUUGGUAACAUUCUCCAUACAGCUAAUGAAAUGAAUGUCGCCGAAUUUUUCAAUGCCAAGAUGAAAGAACUCGGACUUCUUGCUCGAAACAACGAAGAUGGUAUGGCGAUAUCAAUUAGUGAAAAUCCCGUCGUUGCAGUACAAGUCAAUCAUGAGAAAAACUAUGCUUUUGUUGAGUUUCGAAAUGCAGAGGAAGCGACACAUGGAAUGUCGUUUGAUGGAAUUAUCUUCCAAAAUCAGGCACUCAAGAUUCGAAGGCCCAAGGACUAUACCGGCCCUGAUCACGCAGGACCCACCCAUAUACCUGGAGUUGUGUCAACGAACGUGCCGGAUUCGCCGAACAAGAUCUUCAUCGGAGGCCUCCCAUCGUAUCUCACAGAUGACCAAGUUAUGGAGCUACUCAAAUCAUUUGGAGAGUUGAAGAGUUUCAAUUUGGUAAAAGACACGAGUAGUGGAGGUCAUGUUUCAAAAGGAUUUGCAUUUUGCGAAUAUGUCGACCCAGACCUGACGGACAUCGCUUGCCAAGGACUAAACGGUAUGGAGCUUGGGGAUCGAUAUCUAGUUGUCCAGCGAGCUCAGAUCGGACAGAACGCCAAGAAGGAAAAGGAAAACAAUCCCGAUGGACAGCGGAACAACUACAAUCAAUUCAACACUUUUGCUGGCGGACAAGCUACCGCGGCUGCUUCUAGUGUCCUGGCAGCGGUCAAGGGCGGCGAGGGGGAGAAGACGCGGGUGCUACAAAUGCUGAAUAUGGUCAAUCAGGAAGAAUUGGUAGAUGAUCAGGAAUAUGGUGAAAUCUUGGAAGAUAUUCGCGAUGAAUGCGGCAAAUACGGUAAAAUCGAAGGUGUCAGGAUUCCGCGGCCGAUCAAAAACGAAAAGGGUAGGAUUGAUUUACAGGCUAGCGAGUCAGUAGAGGGUCUCGGUAAAGUAUUUGUCAUGUUCGAGAAAGUGGAAGAAUGCGCUGCUGCUCUCUUGGCCAUCGCGGGUCGACAAUUUGCGGGUCGUGUGAUUAUAUGUGCUUACGCUCCGGAAGACGUCAUGACAGAAGGAUCAAAGCCAGAGCAGCCCCCAAAACCAGACGAAACCCCGGCUGAAGAAAAGCCUUCUGCAGAAGAAUCAUGA